GAAUAGAAUAGAUAAUAAAGUGUUACCAUGAAAACCCUAAAAGGCAUGGCAAAUAUUUUUGGUGUUAUAAUAGCAGCAGCAGCAACUAUGGCAGUUGCAGAAUGUGCCCAAAGCCAUACCUAUGGAAUAGUUCAUGUCAAUGGAACUCUUUUCUGCUCCUGCAAUGGAAAUGAAACAUCGAACACACCACCACCAUCAUCUUCUUCGUCUCCACCUUUCCACAAUGCAAAGGUGCGUGUGCAAUGCACUGCAGAUGUCAUAGCCAAUGAACGGGCGCCAAGCGAUGUGACCAAGUCCAACGGGGCAUAUUUGGUGGUGCUGGUCCCUCGUCCCAACGCUGCUGUUAGUUCCAUACUCUCCGCCUGCAAGAUCUUUGUUCUUACGCCCCUCGCCAGUUGCCACCCGUCUCUGCCACAAGCCGGGCUUGUGUCCAGCUUGAAGUAUGUUGAGACCGUCCCAUUUGGAUCUUUGUACAUCACUUACCUGGCUGCAUCUGGCUUCACUCUCCGAGUUUAGAUCAGCCCCGAGACAACAAUCGCUACGUCAAUACAUAUGUGAAAAGAAAAUAACAGUUUGUAGAGAGUCUACCUCAAAAUAAUCGAGCAUCCUUAACCUGUUCCGCCUAGAUACAACACAUGUAUGUGUAUAUAUAUAUAUAGUUCGCUUUCCAGUUGCCUUGAAUA